AUGGGUGUGCCGAAUCAUAACCUCGACGCUCUCGAAGAGCAGCGCCUUGCGCUAGAAGACAACAUCCUCCAGCUCGAAAAAUCACUCUACCACUGGCGUACCUGGGAAGCAGAGUACGACGGCGUUCGCGAGGAGAUUAGCAACCUUGAAGAUGACGCCUCUACCGAAGACUUCCUCGCCGUUGCCACGGAGUUCGGCGAUGUACUGGUGGACGAGAAGGAAAUGCACAAGAUGCUUGGGGCGCAAGGUGUCACACGGUCUCGCGGGCAGGUGGUCGAUAUUCUCGGCCGACGAAUCGACUACGUUAAACAGAAUGUGUCUACAAUGGAAAAGAGGCUCCGAAAGGCCCAGGAUGAGCGGGACGUUUUGGACAUGAACGAUCUGCCUCCAACGCAAGAGGGCUCGGACUUCCCUAUGCAGGAGAUCAUGGAGGAGCUUGACGAGGAUGGAAAUGUCGUCUCAAGCUCCAUCAACGCGCCAGGAAACCAGGCGUCGGAGUUACUUGAAAUGUUGCAAAAGGCUGGCGUCAAGGAUGUCUCGGAAACUGAGGCCGCGGAGACUGCCGCCCCCAAGCCCAAAGCCGAGGGUGCUGCCGCAGCACCAAGCACUUCGAAAGUGACAGAAGAGCAAGAGGACACCACAACCCGCCAAAGUUCAGCCCCAACGCCAAACGGUAUCUCCGCACGUGAAACAAAUGCUGCUCAGCCUCAGUCUGUGGUGACCGAUGAAGAUCGCAAGCAACCGCCUGUCACUGAUGUGGACGAGUCUCUUGAAGAAGCAAAACUCCGUCGUGAAAUGCUCGAGUAUGGAAUCAACGAGGUUGGCGCUAUUGUCGCAGAACUGGAAAUGGAUGAGUCUGGGAGCGACAUCUCAUUCGACGAAGAAUACGACUAUGAUGAUGAUUACGAGGAAGAUGAGGAUGAGCACGGCAGGUCUCGCACGCAUUUGCCAGCGGAUUAUCACAAGGAGAUGAUCGAGCUGGAAGCCAAGCUCAACGCCAGAGGCUUGAUGAACAUGGGCAAAGACACCGAGACCUUCCCUGAAGAGGUGCAGAGGGAAAUCGAGGCCCCUGCUGAGGUUUCGACCGAGUCAUCUACUAAGGAAAAGAAGCCCAAAAAGCGGGUUGCCUUCGCAGAGGAUCUUGACAUCGCACCAGCCAAAGAGUCUCCAGCCGUUGCCGAUGAGCCUCCCGUACUCGCCGAUGCCAUCGUUGAACGGAAAACCCAAUCUCAAGUCCCAGAACCAUCCACCACCCCGGCUGUUCCUAAGAAGACUUCACGAUUCAAGAGUGCGCGUAUCAAUUCUUCGGCUACCGCUGAACCCGUGACCACUGGUGCUUCUUUCGCAAACCCCUCACAGAUUACCGAGUCUCGUCUUCGCAAGCAAGCCAACACAACCCCAUCCGCAGCACCACCUGCGCUCUUCCCUGCGACACCAAAAGAGCCCAAGCCAUUCUCUGCUCCAAUCCCCGAUAUCGUCGAGAAGCCCGUGGUCCCACAACCGCCUCAGGACCGCACUCUAGCCGAGAAUGUGCUUGAGAGACAGGUCAGAUCAGGGGCGGCCAAGGCCCCUGAACUCGAUCACUACGACGAAGAACUCCACCAAAAGCAGAUUGCGUCAGAGUUCUUCCACAUGCAGAACCGCCUGAAGGGGACUCCCAAGGAAGAGGAACAGCAGGUUCUUCCCCCCGACCCAGAAGAGCCGCCAAAGCGAGUCAGCAAAUUCAAGGCUUCGCGACUCGGAUGA